UGGGUCAGCAGCGCGCUGCCUCUCCCCCCCAUGAGUUGCGGACCUCCUUUUUUACGGCGUGCGGACAGGCGGACCGGACAGACGCCCCGGCGACUCCCCCGCCUGCGGCGUCUUCUGACGUUUCCAGAAACUGGGAUCCGCUGAAGGGAUUCAAAAGGAGGCAGCAACGAUCAUCUGACCGCGGAUGUCGAGGAUGACCGGCUGAAUUGAUCAGACCGGACAGAUCCUCACUGAAAGUCUCUGUAAUUGCGGCGGUGGCUUAAGUAGCCGAAGUCGAAGGCCCAAGUACCGAAUGUACGGCCCGGACGGCUGAAGCUGUCCGUAGGCGUUCGUGUUUGUCUGUCUCUGGGACUGCGAAUGAGUCCGGGGUCGAUAAGUCCACCUCCCCCGGAGUCAGCUGGGAAAGGCUUCAUCUUCCCUGUGACCGCAAACGGGAUAAGCAGAAUCAAAAAGGGUCGGCGCAACAUCGGCGCGAGCGGAGCCGCUCCGUUGGUUUCCUCCGCGAUGGACGACGGCGACGCCGACGCUCAGGCCAGCCAGGAACAGCUCAUCUACGCCAUCACGGUCCCGCUGUCCGCCUCCAUCAUCCUGGCCAACCUGGUCAUCAUCUUGGGCAUCUUGUGCAACCGCGAGCUCCACAACACGCCCAACUACUUCUUCCUGAGCCUGCUCGUGGCCGACCUGUGCACGGGCGUGGCGCUCCCUUUCAUACCGCUGAUGGGACUCAACCGCGAGUUGAGCUUCAGCUCUUGCCUGGUGGCGCACAUUUUCCCAAACUUUCUCUUCCUGGCGUUUCUCCUCAACUUGGUGAUGGUCCACUACGAGCGUUACGUUUGUAUCGUGGAGCCCCUGCGCUACAGCAACUUGUGGAUGCAUCGAAGUUUCCCCCUGGCCUUGCUGUCGGCGUGGGCGCCCCCGCUCCUGUACGCGUCCCUGCCCGCUUUCGGCUGGAACAACUGGACCGGCCCGGAUCGGACCGGCUGUUGCGCACGUGGCCAAAAGUCGUCAAAUUGUUCGGCCAACGUCACCGCGUGCUGCUCGUACAGACGCGUGUUCCCCAACGCCUUCAUCUACCUGGAGGUCUACGGGCUGGUCCUGCCCGCCAUCCUCACCGUCGCCGCCAUGACGGGCCACGUCCUGUGGAUCACGCGGGGGCAACUGAAACACAUCUGCCGUCUCCAUCGUUCGGUGGAGCGCGGCCGGGCCUCGGACCGCGAGCGGCGGCUGAACGUGCGCUACGCUCGCUGCGUGGUGGCCGUGUCUCUGACCUUCCUGGCGUGCUGGCUUCCCUACCUCAUCUACAUGCACGUGUGCGUCGCCUUCUUGAUCAGCGACACCAAGUGGAAGGCCAGCACGCACGUCGUGCUCUCGUGCACCGGCAUCGGGGGCACGGCCGUGGUGCCGCUGGUGUUGGGCCUCGCCAACAGGCAGUACACGGAACCGGCGUACAAGCUGCACCGGAAACUCCGGGACAGGCUGAGGCGGAGGAUGCGGACGGCGGCCGAGUCCGCGGUCAGGGAAGAUGUCGAGUAGCUUUUGUUCGUUACAGCUGUAGGGGAAAACAAAAAACAAAAAAAGUCUAUUUAUCAAAGUAUUUGGUUUUAGGAUCAAAACAAUUGAAGAGUUCAAAUGCAAAAGCAGAAAUCUCUUUUUUUUUUUUUUUUUUUGCUGAGUAAAAUUUGUCAUUUUUUAAAAUUUCUGAUUCCAAGGACGUUCAUUUAGGGGGGGGGGGGAAGCUCUCUCAUCUCAUCUCAUCACAUCACAAAACUCCAAGAAACUAACUUUCAAAAUGUCAACAUUUUCACAUAACAACUCUUGAACGAAGGACCCUUGACCUCAUCUUAAAUGAAAUUGUGCAGCCGGUCAGUCGUCUUGUGGGUUGUCGCUGUCGUCAAGAUCGCGGGAACCCACUUGGUCGUGACCAACUUUGCAGCGAUCGGCCGUCCGCUAGCGGGCGUGGCUCGACUUUUAUGGAAAUGGCGCUCGGCGGCUUUGGCGCUUGAACUCGUCAAUUCCUCUCAAGAACUGUACGGCGGCGUUCUCAAACUGGGAUCCGCGAGCCGUAGCUCGAGAGCCUGCAAUAUAAUUUGCAAUCAAUUAUGUUGUAUCAUUUCGAAGAGUGCAUACCGACAGUGGAUAUCAAAAGUCUACACACCCCUGUCCAAAAAUGAGACCAGGAAAAAUCCUUUCAAAACCCUCUCCGCCAUUAAUGUGACCUAGAAUUUGUACAGCUCGAUGGAAUUUUUCUUUUUAUCUUUUCGAGAGGGGGAGUAGAAACAACUGAAAUGUGGUUGCACAAGUGUGCACACCCGCUAACAACUGGGGGCGUGGCCGUGUUCGGAACUAACCAAUCGUUAAAUAGGAGUUAGAACACACCCGUCACCAUUUAAAGCGCCUCUGAUUAACCUCCAAAUAACGUUCAGACGUUCUAGGAGAGGCUUUUCCUGUCGUUUUUGUCGUCACAUCUUACAGCACUACACAUAUUGAGACUGACGGCAAUUAAAAAGCAGAAAAUUAAACUGUUGACCUUCGCUUUAGGCCAAUUAAAAGCUGUGAUAUGAUCGUGAUGUAUGAUGUCUUUUUUUGUUGUUUUUUUUUUUAAACAAAAUGUGUUUCCUUCCCCCCCAAGGCAUCUUUUCCCCAGUAAAAGGUCUUCUAGUAUAAGAUUAAAGUUGGGUUUUUAACAUUCAUGUUAAAAUGUGAGGUUCUUCCCGCAUUAAAACUAAUAUAAUAUGACUUAAGCUGGGAAGAAUGCAACUUUGUUCUUGUAAGAUGACAAGUUUUUAUCCCGACAAAAUAUGAAUUGAACGUAAUUUCACACAAAAAUAGGCAACUUUUUAAUUCCGACGGCAUUCAGGGCUCCCCAUGCCCGUUUCGUUUGAUCGGCGUUAGGAUUAGGAGAAAUGUCUCCCCUGUAAGGAUUCCUUGGACCAAAAACGUUUGCAAACCGUUGCUGUGCAUUUUUGGAAUGUUUUUCAAUGACGAGACUAAGUAUGUUGUUGUUGUUUUUUUUGCAAACACUGACCUACUAGUAGUAGUCGUAGUAGUAGUAGUAGUAGUAGUAGUAGUACAGCUUGGACUGGUUGCCAAUGAACGGCAGAGCAAUUUCGAAUGGGGCAUUGGUACAUUUCACGUAGGAAAACUGUGCUCAGAAGGACAAUUAGUCCUCACCUCGUGCAGUUGAAGCUCUGAAGUCCUGUUAUUUUGGCCGCACUUGAAAUGAUUGUAACCAGUUUCUGUCUACCUCCUGCCUGCAAUGUUUACUCCUACUUUCCCCCAGAAGUGUUUAUCUAUGUACUGGAAUGCAAGCUGAGGAAGAGAAUUCAUCUACAGUGAGAAGACACAAGGAAUAACAUUGGCCUGAGUUCCAUGAAGACGUGUAUGAAGAAGCCCACGGUUAAAUCAAUAAAUACGCACAAAAAAAAAAAGGCUCAUCUUAAAUAGAAUACAAAAAAUGUUACCCUCACAUACUGCUCAAAUGUCACAAUAAGGAGUGCAAAUGUGUGCUUUGUCAAAAUAAAUCUGCAUUCAAUGAAAAAGAUGUUUGCAUCCAAAAGCAAAGGAAAUUAGAUGUUGAAAUAAAUGUGAAA